AUGUCCGGAGGAAAAGCCACUAACACUGAUUUGAAGAACGCGGACGCGUCUAUCACCUACGACGCCAUCAUUGUUGGAUGCGGUGUUAUCGGUCCUUGCGUUGCCACAGGGCUGGCCAGAAAGGGCAAGAAGGUUUUGAUCGUAGAGCGCGAAUGGUCGAUGCCUGACCGUAUUGUUGGCGAACUGAUGCAACCUGGUGGUGUGAGGGCCCUGAGGAGCCUGGGAAUGGUGCAAUCCAUCAACGAUAUCGAGGCUAUCCCCGUCACAGGUUACACAGUCUUCUACAACGGGGAAAAGGUGGCCAUUCCCUACCCAUACAAAGCUGACAUUGCGCCAGUGGAGAAGGUCCCCAAGCUGGUUCGUGACGGUAAUGACAAGGUCACAGAGGACAAGACUAUUCACGUGAAGGACUUCGAAGAAGAUGAGAGAGAAAGGGGCGUGGGCUUCGUUCACGGAAAGUUCUUGCAGAACCUGAGAGCCAUUGUGGCCGAGGAGCCUAAUGUCACCAGGCUGCAAGGUAACGUCGUCGAGAUCCUAAAAAACGGUCACAAUGAGGUUGUUGGUGCUAAGGUGGACAUCGACGGCCGCGGAAAAGUUGAAUUCAAAGCGCACAUUACCUUUGUCUGUGACGGUAUCUUCUCCAAGUUUAGAAAGGAGCUAUCUACCGAUCAUGUUCCUACUGUUGGAUCUUCAUUCGUCGGCAUGAGCCUUUUCCAUGCGAAAAUGCCUUCCCCUAACCAUGGCCACGUCAUUUUGGGAACCGAGCACAUGCCAAUCUUGGUUUAUCAAAUCUCGCCCGAAGAGACCCGUAUUCUUUGCGCAUACAACUCUCCUAAGCUGCCAUCUGAUGUCAAAGCUUGGAUGACCAAGAAAGUUCAGCCAUACAUUCCUGAAUCUCUGCGGCCAUCCUUUGACGAAGCUUUAGCUCAAGGCAAGUUUAGAUCAAUGCCUAACUCGUACCUGCCUGGGAGACAGAACAAUGUAAUUGGCAUGUGUGUCAUUGGUGACGCACUAAACAUGAGGCAUCCACUGACUGGAGGAGGCAUGACUGUCGGCCUAAACGACGUUGUAUUGCUAAUGAAAAAAAUCGGCGAUUUGGACUUUAGCGAUCGCGAGGUUGUUCUAGAUGAGUUGUUAGAUUAUCACUACGAAAGAAAAUCCUACGACUCUGUCAUCAAUGUUCUAUCAAUCGCCCUAUAUUCGCUAUUCGCCGCAGACAGCAAAGACUUGAAGGUUUUGCAAAAGGGCUGUUUCAAGUACUUCAAGAGAGGUGGCGACUGUGUAAAGCUUCCAGUCUCCUUCCUAUCUGGUGUCAUGCCUCGCCCAUUUUUGCUUACCAGGGUUUUUUUCGCUGUCGCCUUUUAUGCUGUUUACGUGAAUUUCCAGGAGAGAGGUAUGGCAGGUUUCCCAGUUGCUUUGAUUGAAGCUUUCUCUAUCCUUUUCACAGCUGCUAGAGUUUUCACCCCAUACUUGUACACCGAGAUGAUCGGUUAA